AUGGACCGGAGUUACGCGAUCGCUCGUCAAACAGGUUUCGCGAUCCGGUCUCAUGCCUCUCUUGUGGAUUGGCCCUUGAUUUACCUUGCUUCAGAUCGGAAGACUGGACGACUCUGUACAGGAGCUCCGCACUGCAUCACAAGAGCACCUUCAACAAACCACUGCUUUCCCCAUCAAUCCUCCGUAUACUUGGCCGACCAGAGCGCAUAUCCAGACGAUAAUCUCAACAUAGGGAAUCCAGGCAAGAAGAUGUCGUUCAACGAAAAGGACCGGAAGAAGUGGGUGGAGGAGCCACAGCUGGAGCAUCUGUCCGAGGAGACUCUCAAGAACCCCCCGAAGCAGAGGACCGUCCAGCAACAACAAAAGCAAGACAAGCUCAUCAAGCAAGAACGACGGGAGCAAGGUAUCGACACCGCACGAUCGCGUUCUUCCUCGCGAAGAGAUCGGAGGAAACGCAUCAAGCAGGCCAUGGAAGACGGCACGUACAUGAAGACUGCAUCGCUGGAGGCGCUGGAAGAAGCGGAUGCAAACCACGACCUGGCAGCGAUGAGACCUUUUGAGCGUAUCGGACCCGACAGUACUUCUAUGGAUGGACCUGUGACGAUGGCAAGAGCGAAGAGAGGAGAGAUUCCCAUUCGAGGGUCGAAUCCUAACCAGCCAUAUUACCUCCCACCCGAACAGCAGGAAGGCAGUGCACUCAAAGAUACAGAUGGCCUGAAACUGACCCUGGAAGCGAACCUCGACAUCGAAAUCGAGCUGAAGGCCAGCAUUCGUGGUGACCUGACACUUUCACUAUUUGCAUAA